ACCCACAAAGUGAGUUUACUUGCUGCUGGUGUAUUUGGUCACAGCCUUGGUUCCUUCACUGACAGCAUGUUUGGCCAGUUCACCGGGCAGAAGCAGCCUGAUGGCGGUCUGGAUCUCGCGAGAACUGAUGGUUGAUUUCUUGUUGUAGUGGGCAAGGCGGGAAGCUUCUAACGAGUUCAUGAUACCCAUGGCUUUGCUGGAGAUACCAGUGUCAGGGUGAACUUGCUUCAACACCUUGUAGAUGUAGAUGGCAUAGCUUUCCUUUCUCUUUCCCCUCCUCUUCUUCUUUCCAUCAGAUGGGGCCUUUGCCUUUCCAGCUCUCUUCUCGCCUUUCUUUCCUGCAACUUUGGGUGCCAUGUCUGUCGAUCAGAAUGGAAGUGAAUGCAAUGAGUUGACCCAGAUUCUAUUUAUAUGAAAACGAUUAGGGGAUCAAUUAACAUAUGGAUCGAAAUCCUUAAGUUUUAAUUGGUUACUCUAUUUCAAGGUCAAUAUACUUCUUGUAUACAUCAUCAUAUUUCAUUAAACACUUAAAAUUGUUAAGUCUGAUUGGUGCGUUUCGAUCCCAUUCAAAUUUUGCCGCGGCGUUUUAACUCUCAGGUUUUUAAGAUCAGUUCAUUAACUCGUGUAUUCUCGACUUAAACGUUUGUUUUGAAAACAUGUCUGGUCGCGGUAAAGGAAAGGCAAAGGGCACCAAGUCCAAAAGCCGAUCAUCCCGAGCAGGACUUCAGUUCCCUGUGGGACGUAUCCACCGUCUUCUUCGCAAAGGCAACUAUGCUGAGCGUGUUGGCGCUGGUGCCCCGGUCUACUUGGCUGCAGUACUUGAGUAUUUGAGCGCUGAGAUCCUCGAGUUGGCGGGCAAUGCUGCUCGUGACAACAAGAAGACCAGAAUCAUUCCCCGUCACCUUCAGCUUGCUGUCCGCAACGACGAAGAGUUGAACAAACUGCUUGCCGGUGUCACCAUCGCUCAAGGAGGUGUUCUGCCCAACAUCCAGGCUGUUCUUCUGCCCAAGAAGACCGAGAAGAAACCAAAAGCCUAAACAGUCCUACGCGGCGUUCAAACAAACGGCUCUUUUAGGAGCCACCACAUAUAAUAAAAGUCAUGAUCAUAAAGAGAACAAUAUAUCAACCAAUUAGUACAUCUAUUCUUUUUCGAAUAAGUCAGUGAAGCCAGAAAGUAACCCCCUGUUUAGCCUUCAUGAUAAUCCUCACUGAUAACUUACGGUUUAAACUCCAUUUGAAAAGAGAAAGCAGUUUCGGGUACUUCAUACAGAAAGAAAAUGAACUGCGUACGAAACGACCACAUUUUGGAGAGGGGAAGAAUUGGGCAAACUGUGAGUAAAUCAGUGAAAUAUGUAAAAUAAUAUGGGUUUUCCGAAAUGUCUCAUAGAUCACCGCGUUUCAUCAAAUGCAAAUCUGUUCAGAACGCCGGCGCGCAACUCGUUUCUCUUGUUCUCAACGAACGUCCUUUAUACAGUUGAUUGCUUUUGGGCAAAAACGCAUAUUUGCUGGAACCUGUACAACGAAAUUAUACAAAAAUAUUUAACGAUCAGUUGUUGUUAGAAAUUUCCUUACAUUUCUACAUAACGAUAAUUGAUACUACUGACUCUCUGUUCUUCAAAGCGAAAACUCACGCGGGGUGUACACUGAAUACGUGAGAAAUAUCACUUUAUUGGCUAUGACUUUUAAAGAUUUGGUGGCUCCUAAAAGAGCCGUUUGUUUGAGUGGGUAACGCGAAGAUCUAACCGCCAAAUCCGUACAGAGUACGUCCUUGACGUUUGAGAGCGUACACCACAUCCAUGGCUGUCACAGUCUUGCGUUUAGCGUGCUCGGUGUAGGUAACAGCAUCACGGAUCACAUUCUCCAGAAAAACUUUGAGAACACCACGCGUCUCUUCGUAGAUGAGGCCAGAGAUUCGCUUGACACCGCCACGGCGAGCAAGACGACGGAUAGCAGGCUUGGUGAUACCUUGGAUGUUGUCACGGAGAAUCUUUCGGUGACGCUUGGCGCCUCCUUUUCCUAGACCUUUACCUCCUUUACCGCGACCAGACAUGUUGAUAAUCUUUCUUGAAAUAGAAUAAUGACUCAAAAUUUGAGAAUUCUUGUUUUUAUACCACAAACAAUGACCUCACGGGAAACAGGCUAAAAGAAGUGUAAUUAGUUGCUCGCCAUUGGUGGAUAGAAACAAAAGAGCCAUGAGGUCAAGAUAAUCAUUACCAUCAUAUUGCCUCACCAGACAAGACCGAACAUGUUAGAGGAGCAAAAUUGACAUUAUCGCUAAGAAACGUGCAACUUAACUUCUCAACGGAUUUUAUGCUGAUAUUUUCUAACAACUAAGAACAAAAGCUAACAAAUAUUUGUUUCCCACGAAUGAAAAAACCUUAAGUGGCAUGCCGGAUCGAAGUGCAAGCCCAGAUGAAUUACAUUUUUAGAAGCAGUAUCGGUUAUCCAAUGAAAUCGCAUAUUUUGUAACCAAUCAGGAAAUAGCGCGCUAAGAAUAAAAUAUCGGUUAGGGAUUAAUGUCGAAAAAUUAUUCAUUGACUUUUGAGUUAGCAGAAAUGGCACGUACAAAGCAAACUGCCCGUAAAUCAACUGGUGGAAAAGCUCCACGAAAACAGCUCGCCACAAAGGCAGCUCGAAAGAGCGCGCCUGCUACUGGAGGAGUCAAGAAACCUCAUCGUUACAGGCCUGGUACAGUCGCUCUUCGUGAAAUCCGUCGUUACCAGAAAUCCACCGAGCUGCUAAUCCGCAAGCUGCCCUUCCAGCGUCUUGUGCGUGAAAUCGCUCAAGACUUCAAGACCGAUCUGCGUUUCCAGAGCUCUGCUGUGAUGGCUCUUCAAGAAGCAAGCGAGGCUUACCUCGUUGGUCUGUUUGAAGAUACCAACUUGUGCGCCAUCCACGCCAAGCGU